CGCUGAGCCGCGGUGCAGGACGCCCGGAGGACCGGCGAUCUCCAUGCCCGUGUGGUGCUGCCGCUGCUCCCUGGCUGGGCAUCUCAGAGACUAUAGUGAUACUGAAACGGAAGGAGAGAUUUUCAAUUCCUUAGUGCAAUAUUUUGGUGAUAAUUUGGGGCCAAAAGUUAAAGGGAUGCCAUUGGUUGAAGAAACUUCUUUACUCGAAGAUUCAUCAGUGACUUUACCUGUGGUAAUAAUUGGAAAUGGACCUUCAGGAAUACGCCUGUCGUAUAUGUUGUCAGGGUACAGACCAUAUUUAUCACCGGAAGCCAUGCAUCCAAACUCAAUCUUACACAGUAAGCUAGAGGAAGCAAGGCAUCUCUCCAUUGUUGACCAGGACUUAGAGUACCUAUCUGAGGGUCUGGAGGGCCGGUCGUCCAAUCCCGUGGCAGUGCUGUUUGACACGCUUCUUCACCCAGAUGCGGACUUUGGGUAUGACUACCCGUCUGUUCUACACUGGAAGCUGGAGCAGCACCAUUAUAUCCCCCACUUAGUUCUGGGGAAGGGCCCGCCUGGUGGGGCGUGGCAUAAUAUGGAAGGCUCUAUGUUGACAAUCAGCUUUGGAAAUUGGAUGGAGUUACCUGGACUUAAAUUUAAAGAUUGGAUGUCAAGCAAACGAAGGUAAAAGACCACCUCACUGCCUCUACUUUACAGACUUGAAUCUUAGAAGAAAAGAUAGUCACUGUGCUCAGGAAACCCACCAAAACCAGGUCCAUCCCUCUCUGGUGUGACCUAACCACAGAAUGAAGCUUGUACACUACCUCAGUCUCUUGUACUAAGUGAUAUGGGACAUGUUCUCACCACUGAAGUAUUUCACUUUGGUCACAUCAGUUUAGUAAAGCUUACAUUACAAGAUAACAGAAAAGGUUCCACUGACAUGUCUACCAUCUUCUAAUGUAACAUGAAAGUGAACAUGGCAGAGUAAUUACACGUGUAAUUUCUGAAAUGUUAUGCAAGGAAUUUGAAUAAUGCUUCAAAGGAAGUAGUACCAUAUAUAGAUAUAGAUACAGAUAUGUCCCCACCCAGGGGAACCAAGUAGCUAGUAAAAGGGAACUGUUUAUCCUUAAUGCAGUUUCAGAACCUUGGAAACUAUGACUGUUGUAAUAACUUAUUAAGUAAGAAAUACAUUUAAAAUAUAAUACAUAUGUAUGUAUAUUAUCAUCUAUCUAUCUAUCUAUCUAUCUAUCCAUCCAUCCAUCUAUCUAUCUAUAAUGAAAAACAAGAUCACAAAGCCCCCAGAGACAAUAUUACCACACAAAAGGAAUGGAAUUUGUUCGCUUUAUUUAGUAAGUUGAAACCUUAAAACAUCUGUAAUUUAUAUGUAUUGCAUUCAUGUAUCCCACCUGGCCUGAAAUAAAUGUUUGCUAA